CGGAUGGUGCUGCCGUGAGCGGGGCGGGCCGGGCCGGGCCGGGCCGGCGGGAUGAAGCGGCGGAGCGCGGACUGCAGCAAACUGCGGCGGCCGCUCAAGCGGAACCGCAUCACCGAGGGCAUCUACGGCAGCACGUUCCUGUACCUGAAGUUCCUGGUGGUGUGGGCCCUGGUGCUGCUGGCAGAUUUUGUGCUGGAGUUCAGGUUUGAGUACCUGUGGCCGUUCUGGCUUUUCAUCAGGAGCGUCUACGACUCCUUCCGCUACCAGGGCCUGGCCUUCUCAGUAUUUUUUGUGUGUGUAGCAUUCACCUCCAACAUCAUCUGUCUGCUCUUCAUCCCAAUCCAGUGGCUGUUCUUUGCUGCCAGCACCUAUGUGUGGGUACAGUAUGUGUGGCACACAGAAAGAGGGGUGUGCUUACCAACAGUAUCACUGUGGAUACUCUUUGUUUAUAUUGAAGCAGCCAUUAGAUUUAAAGAUUUAAAAAACUUCCACGUGGACCUUUGUCGUCCAUUUGCAGCACACUGCAUUGGCUACCCCGUUGUGACUUUGGGCUUUGGCUUUAAAAGUUACGUCAGCUACAAGAUGCGUUUGAGGAAGCAGAAGGAGGUGCAGAAGGAGAACGAGUUCUACAUGCAGCUCCUGCAGCAGGCCCUGCCCCCAGAGCAGCAGAUGCUGCAAAGGCAAGAGAGGGAGGCAGAGGAAGCAGCCAAAGGAUUAUCUGAUAUGGAUUCCUCAAUACUCCUGCAGCACAAUGGAGGCAUUCCAGCCAAUAAAAAAAUCUCUGCAACGUUGCCAGAGCUGGAAUAUCGAGAAAAAGGGAAAGAAAAGGACAAGGAUGCAAAGAAACACAACCUUGGAAUAAACAACAACAUUUUGCAACCUGUAGACUCUAAAAUACAAGAAAUUGAAUAUAUGGAAAACCAUAUCAAUAGUAAAAGAUUAAAUAAUGAUCUUGUAGGAAGUACAGAAAACCUCUUAAAAGAGGACUCAUGCACUGCCUCGUCCAAAAAUUACAAAAAUGUCAGCGGGGUUGUGAACUCCUCACCCCGCAGCCACAGUGCAACCAACGGGAGCAUCCCCUCCUCAUCCUCCAAAAAUGAGAAAAAACAGAAAUGUGCCAGCAAGAGCCCCAGCACACAUAAGGACUUAAUGGAAAAUUGUAUUCCUAAUAACCAGCUAAGCAAACCAGAUGCACUGCUCAGGUUGGAACAGGACAUCAAGAAGCUAAAGGCCGACCUGCAGGCCAGCAGGCAGGUGGAGCAGGAGCUGCGCAGCCAGGUGAGCUCGCUGAGCUCGGCCGAGCGCGGCACCCGCGCCGAGAUGGGGCAGCUGCGCCAGGAGAACGAACUGCUGCAGAGCAAGUUGCACAACACUGUACAGAUGAAACAAAAGGACAAACAAACCAUCAGCCAGCUGGAGAAGAAGCUCAAGGCAGAGCAGGAGGCACGGACCUUUGUAGAGAAACAAUUAAUGGAGGAGAAGAAGAGGAAGAAGUUGGAAGAAGCAACUGCAGCAAGAGCUGUGGCCUUUGCUGCUGCAACGAGGGGGGAGUGCACCGAGACCCUGCGCGGCCGCAUCCGCGAGCUCGAGACCGAGUGCAAGAAACUGAGCCUGGACAUCAAAGUGAAGGAGGAGCAGAUCCGGGAGCUGGACAUGAAAGUUCAGGAGCUGAGGAAGUACAAGGAGAACGAGAAGGACACGGAGGUGUUGAUGUCUGCACUGUCAGCCAUGCAGGACAAGACCCAGCACCUGGAGAACAGCCUGAGUGCAGAGACCAGGAUCAAGCUGGACCUGUUCUCUGCCCUGGGAGAUGCCAAGAGGCAGCUGGAGAUUGCCCAAGGGCAGAUCCUGCAGAAGGAUCAGGAGAUCAAGGAGCUGAAGCAGAAGAUUGCAGAGGUGAUGGCAGUGAUGCCCAGCAUCAGCUACACGGCAGCCACCAGCACCCUGAGCCCCGUGUCCCCACAUUAUUCCUCCAAAUUCGUGGAGCCCAACCCCUCUGGACUCGACCCCAACGCCUCUGUCUACCAACCCCUGAAAAAAUGAAACCAAUGCCAAGGUUCUCUGGGCCCCCAGGGCUCUCUUGCAGUCAAGAUGAAAAAUUAUUUCGUGUGGGAACUGUGUUUGUUGUCAUUUCCAGCAGGAGAAAAGAGCAUUGAACUAGAACUGCC